AUGGACGAUCAAAUUUAUGACGGAGAAAGUGAGAGUAGUCCCGCCGAAAAGCUGCGAGCAAAACAAGAAAAAAAGAACUUGAGAAAGGCUCAAAAAAAAGCGGCCAAAAAUUCAAGCAGUUCUGCACCGGUAAUGUCUCCCGCAGCUAAGCAAGCGGAAUUACAAGAAAAAGUAAGAAUUCUGGUUAAUCAGCUGGCUAUACGUGAGGCGAUGCAACCUUCUAGUACCGGUAAUUCCCAGAGGGUAAAGGAUAUGAGCUCUCACAAGUUUUGGAGUACUCAACCUGUUCCAAAGCAUGGGGAGACCAUCGAGGAAGAAGGUCCCAUAGAGGAGAACACUCCACAUGAUCAAAUUCGCAAGGAACCGUAUACAUUACCAAAAGAAUUUGAAUGGUCAACUUUGGAAUUGAAUGAUGAGAGUGAGCUAAACGAGCUUUACACCCUUUUAACUAAUAAUUAUGUCGAAGAUGAUGAUGCGAUGUUCCGUUUUGAUUAUUCGGGUGAAUUUUUGAAAUGGGCCCUUCAACCACCAGGCUAUAAGAAGACAUGGCAUGUGGGUGUUCGUGUUAGUGCCACUAAACGUCUUGUCGCCUUUGUUAGCGGUAUUCCAGCCGACAUCCGGAUUUAUAACUCUCGUCAGCACCUUGUCGAAAUCAACUUCCUGUGUGUUCACAAGAAGCUUCGAAGUAAAAGAUUGGCGCCUGUCUUGAUCAAAGAGAUCACGAGACGUUCUCAUCUCGAGGGAAUAUUUCAGGCGGUCUACACAGCAGGUGUUGUUCUACCAAGGCCUAUUUCCAAGGCGCGUUAUUUUCAUCGCUCGCUUAACCCCAAAAAAUUAAUUGACACGAAAUUUUCGAGUCUACCUUCUAAUACUCCGAUGACGCGUCACGUUAAAAAGUAUAAGCUGCCGUCCGAGACCUCUACCCCCGGAAUUAGACCAAUGUUAGAAAAAGAUGUUCCUGCGGUCAGAGUAUUAUUAAACAAGUAUAUGAGUAAAUUUAAUUUUGUUGCAGUUUUCAAGACGGACGAGGAUGUGAAACACUGGAUUUUAACCAAGGAAAAUGUCAUCUGGUCCUAUGUUGUGGAGAACCCUGACACAAAAAAAGUGACGGAUUUUUUUUCUUUCUAUUAUCUACCUUCAUCUGUCAUCGGGAAUCCAAAUCACAAAACCGUCAACGCCGUAUACCUAUUUUAUUAUGCUGUCCAAGAAUCAGAUGAAAAGGCGAGAAAGAGCAGACUUCAAUUUUUAUUAAAAGAUGCGUUGAUUUUGGCGAAAUUGAAAGAUGUAGACGUAUUCAACUGUCUCGAUAUUCUAGAAAACAAAAUGUUCAUUGAUGAACUUAAAUUUGGUCCUGGAGAUGGAUACUUGAAUUAUUAUAUGUACAAUUGGCGUUGUAGGGAAAUGGGUAGUGAAGAUGUUGGAGUGGUCAUGUUGUAA